CGGGCGAGGAGCGGCGGCGGCCGCGGCCGCGGGAUAUGGAAAAGCAGAACCACCAAAAGGAGUGAUGACCAGUGAUCUCAUGAUAAAUCUGGAUGUCAGUUCUCAUGCCUCAGGACAUCCAGUUGGGAACUCCACACCAGCUCCUGGCAUCAGACUUUCAUCUACUUAAUACCCCUCUUUGCCUGUACUACUAAAGCCAGUUAUAGCUGACCACGAAUGGCUACCCAAAGGAAACACUUGGUAAAAGAUUUCAAUCCUUACAUCACCUGCUAUAUCUGUAAAGGGUAUCUGAUCAAGCCAACUACAGUGACCGAAUGCCUCCAUACCUUCUGUAAGACUUGUAUUGUCCAGCACUUUGAAGAUAGCAAUGAUUGUCCAAGGUGUGGCAACCAGGUUCAUGAGACCAAUCCAUUAGAAAUGUUGAGGUUGGACAAUACGUUAGAGGAAAUCAUAUUUAAACUGGUCCCUGGACUACGAGAACAAGAACUUGAGCGUGAAUCUGAAUUUUGGAAGAAAAAUAAGCCUCGAGAAAAUGGACAAGAUGAUACUUCAAAAGUUGACAGACCUAAAGUUGAUGAAGAAGGUGAUGAAAAUCAAGAUGAUAAAGACUAUCACAGAAGUGACCCACAAAUUGCUAUAUGUCUAGAUUGUUUACGAAAUAAUGGACAAUCAGGGGACAAUGUAGUAAAGGGUUUAAUGAAGAAAUUCAUUCGGUGUUCUACACGUGUAACUGUGGGAACUAUUAAAAAAUUUCUAAGUUUAAAACUAAAACUUCCAAGUUCUUAUGAGUUGGAUGUGCUGUGCAAUGGUGAAAUUAUGGGGAAGGAUCAUACUAUGGAAUUCAUCUACAUGACGAGGUGGCGACUAAGAGGCGAAAACUUUCGGUGUCUGAACUGCUCAGCUUCGCAAGUCUGCUCUCAGGAUGGCCCUUUAUAUCAGUCAUACCCCAUGGUAUUGCAGUAUCGACCGAGAAUUGAUUUUGGUUAGACCAAGGGCCCUAGAUGCCACUGAGAUGAAUCCUGCGCUGUUUGUUGACUCAUCGGCAGAUUGCACAGGGACCGGUGUGUGGACCAGAGGGACACAACCAGA